AUGUCCGAUUUAUGUCCCGUCUAUGCUCCAUUCUUUGGUUCCAUCGGCUGUGCCGCCGCCAUUGUGUUCACCUGUUUCGGUGCUUCCUACGGUACUGCUAAGUCUGGUGUCGGUAUCUGUGCCACCUGUGUCACCAGACCUGACUUGUUGGUGAAGAACAUUGUUCCAGUCAUUAUGGCCGGUAUCAUUGCCAUUUACGGUUUGGUUGUGUCCGUGUUGGUCUCCGACUCCUUGAAGCAACAACAAGCCUUGUACACCGGGUUCAUCCAAUUGGGUGCCGGUUUGUCUGUUGGUUUGUCUGGUUUGGCUGCCGGUUUCGCCAUCGGUAUUGUUGGUGACGCUGGUGUCAGAGGUACCGCCCAACAACCAAGAUUGUUCGUCGGAAUGAUUUUGAUCUUGAUUUUCGCCGAAGUCUUGGGUUUGUACGGUUUGAUUGUCGCCUUGUUGUUGAACUCUAAGACCAGUGAUGCCAUCUGUUAA